AUGACAGCAUUCCUAACUCUUCUACUCCCCCUACUGGCGCGGGUUGCUGCUGCAAGCACCGCAGUCUCGACUCCUGAAGAUGUGACCAUGUGGUGUGACGGGGACCUUGACCUCGAGUCGGCCGACCCGGCGCCCUUUUACGAUCCUGAACCUUUGCAUGACGCUCUACAAGGCCGCCAAGAAGCGCAGCAGUUCCCCCCAAUGAGCUUUCGAGUCUUCAAUCACGUUGUUUACGCGAACGAGACUGUCGAGGGAGGCUGGGUAGCGGAAGACGACAUUAAAAAAGUGGUCAACAUGCUGAGCACGGACUUUGGGAGGUUUGGAGUGUCCUUCACCUACGUCAACACAAGCUACAUCCCGGACGAGACCUUGACCACCGUGACGGACCGCAAAGAGAUGCACAAGACGUUGGUGAGGCCGCUGCGACUGGGCCAGUAUGCGGACCUGAAUCUCAUCUGGGUGGCUUUCCUUCAAGGUGCCAAGGGCGCAUGCACCAUGCCGGCUCCUGGUUACUUGAACGGCAAGCUCACGCGGGAUCAGGUGGUUCCCGUCGACGCCUGCACCCUGCGCGCCACGACUGUCGAGGACGUCGGCGGCAAGGUCAUCACCCACGAGGUCGGUCAUUGGCUAGGCCUGUUCCAUCCUUGGGACAAGGGCUGUGAGGUUGGCGAUUACGUUGCCGAUACCUGGCCGCAGGAGAUGGGGACGAACAGCAUCCCCAAGGAUAAGAAGAGGAAUGACAACGGCGGCGAGGUCUUCCAGUGUGGUGAAUGGCGCCCCAGCAACUACCGUAACUUCAUGGAUUACUUCCCUGACCGGAGAAACUUCACCGAUCUCCAAGGCGAGCGCAUCAGGGCGCAUGGCUACCUGCGCCACAAGUACAGCACCAAACGUCCCGUUUCCACCAGCGAGGGCGAGCUCUGGGCCGGUUGCAAAGUCAACUGGAACGGUCCCAAGUCCUUCCCGAACGGCCUCGCCUGCGAAAUGAACUCGACAGAGACCCUGACCCUCUCGUGCGCUGCCAAGGCAGCUGCCGGUGGCUCAGGGGAACAAUUCACGAUCGAAGCCCCUUGCCCCCUCGAAUGGGUCGGACCUGCGGAGUUCAAUGGCGAGGUCAACUGUGAGGAGUUGAACUUUAACCAUUUCCAAUGCAAGCCCGCUGCCGUCCCGCAAGCACCCAGUCAAACCAACCCGGCAAAGGAAGAUGAGGACAGAUGGGUCUGGGGUGUCGCGGAAGAUAUCAAGUCAGAGCCCAAGCAGGAGAAGAAGCAGGACGAUGAAGAGCCGUGGGUCUGGGGAAUCACGGACAAUUAG